AUGCUCUCACUUGUUGCUGCUGUGAAGACACCCCGCACACACAACCGUCGCCGCGUGACCGCAUCCCGCGGAAGGAAGAGGGAAGGAAGAGAGAGUGAGCCGCAGAGGCCCAACAUGUCCCGGCAUCUCUUUUUUUCUGCUGCGCUGCUCCUCGUCGUGAUGAUGUGCUGCGGUACCUGUGGAGCUGCAUCCGCUGGAGGGAAUAAUGGGAAGAGUGGUUUAAGGAAUUUCCGGAAGCUGCAGAGGGUUGAUUUAUUUGUACCGCAGAAGACGCAGGUGCUGCCGAAAGGCACGACUUCUCCAGAAACGAAGAGGCUUUCAUUUGUUUCACCAUCUCUUGUCAGUGCUGGUGGAGUAAUUGCUGCUUUCGCCGAAGGUCGCGUGUAUGCCGAAUAUCACACGAACGCCCCAAAAGAAGGUGCCCAAUUAAUUAAGUCCUUUCACUCUGAUGUUGUUGCGGGGUACAUCGACUCUGCGUGGAACUGGUCCACUCUUGUUGACAAGGUCAAUCAAAGUAGAUGGAAGACACACGUCGUGCUUACUGCAGCGGAUGGAAAGAAACGUUUUGGUGGUACGCUUAACCCCACAACAAUCGCGAAGGGCGACAAGGUGUUUCUUCUUGCGGAAAGCCCUGGUUUGUCUUCUGUCAAUGAUAGUUUGAUUCGGGACAGCUUGCAUCUGACACUGGUUGUGGGUGCAGUCACGAAUUCUACGGGUGGCGAGCCGAGUGAACGGAUCAGCUGGGACAACCCCAAAUCGCUGUCAGUCCUGAAUACCUCUUCUGCUUCUUACGAAGGUAAAUUUGAGAGGUUUUUUCCUUCUGGUGGCUCAGGUGUUCUGAUGGAGGGUGGCACGCUUGUGUUUCCCGUGAUUGCGUUUGAUGAUGAUAAUGACGAUUACUCCAUGAUCGUUUAUUCGACGGACAGCGGCGCAAACUGGAUGCUUUCGAAUGGAACGUCACCUGCGAAAUGCUUCUACCCCCGCGUCACCGAAUGGGAGGGAUCACUUCUCAUGAUUGUUGAUUGCGAGGAUGGCCAGAGGGUGUACGAGUCGCGUGACAUGGGGACAACGUGGACGGGGACCAUCGGGACACUCCCAGGCGUGUGGACCAAGUCAAAAUCGGCAGUCAUUUUCGAUCUGAGCUUGCACGUGGAUGCCCUCAUCACCGCGACCAUUGAGGAAAAGAAGGUCAUGCUGUACACUCAGAAAGGGUACGCGUCGGGGGGUGAAGCGGAAAGAGCGCUCUAUCUUUGGGUCACGGACAACAACCGUUCUUUUCAUGUUGGACCUGUUGCCAUGGAGGAUGAUGUGAAUUGGCAGCUUGCCAGCACCCUGCUGUACUCGGAUGGCAAUUUGCAUCUUUUACAACGGAGGGGCGAUUAUAAAAGCAGUGUCAUGUCGCUUUCCCGCCUGACGGAGGAACUGGGUACAAUCAGGUCCGUCCUCAGUACUUGGGCAAAAAAGGACGCCUUCUUCUCCAACUUGACCAUACCCACGGCGGGUCUGGUGGCAGUUUUGUCCGAUACGGCCAGCAAUGGCACGUGGAUCGACGAGUACCUUUGCCUGAAUGCGACGGUGACGAAAGGAAGGAAGGCCAAAUAUGGAUUUCAAUUGACGGAGCCUAGCUCCAGGGUAUCAUGGUCCGUGAACACUCGGGGUGAUAGUAUGCGUCAUGUAUCCUUGAGCCACAACUUCACACUUGUGGCGUUGGUGACCAUCGAAGAGACUCCGAGUGGGAACACACCUCUACUGACUGCAACGUUGGGGGACACUAAUUCCAAUCAUACCAUGGGACUGUCGUAUACGGCGGAAAAGACGUGGGGGACGGGGCUCAAAGGCAAGACAACAAAACAGAGCGGCCGUUGGGAGCCGAAGAAGGGAUACCAAGUGGCACUCAUGCUGCAAGGCAAAAAGGCCUCUGUGUACGUUGAUGGUGAGUCGCUGGGGGAGGAAGAAUUACCGUUAAAAGGUGAGAGGCCACUUGAGCUUGUACGCUUUUGUUUUGGCGCGUGCGGUGAGGAUGCCGACCAGAAAACUAAUGUGAAGGUAAAAAAUGUCUUUCUGUACAACCGCCCACUGAAUUCCACUGAGAUAAAUGCACUCAAGGACAAGGCCCACACUUCGAAUGGCCAAGGGGAAUCACUGGCGGGGUGGGCAGCUCUGGAGGGAGCUGCCGCCAGAGAACAUGCGGCUGUGGUGGGCUUGACAUCUGCUGGGAGCGGACUGCUGCCGCUGCUUCUUCUGCUGGGGCUGUGGGGGUUUGCGGCUGCGUGA